AUGCGGCUAUCGGAAAGCAAGGCUAUAUUUCAGGAGCUUGACCAACAGAAGAGUGAAAGUCCCAAGUUGAAGACUGCUCGUGCCUACAUGGAUGGACCUGGCUUUAGGACGAAAUACUUGCGUGAAGACUUCUCAGAGGACGAUAGUCUGCUUAAUUCACGGCAGGACAGUUCUGUCGGCAGUCUCAUCAACUCUGAAAUCUCCAGUUCGCAGCUGGACUAUGAGGCUUCUCAAAAAGAAUCCCCGACUCCACAAGGACCUGAGAGCACUCUGGACUGGGGUCGGAAAUUGCAGACCGUUCUAGCGGGAGAUAGAAAGAAGCAUGAACAGAAUUAUUUGGCAAUGAGCGAACGCCUAAGGGGGCCAACCAUUGAGGAUCUAUCCGUCUUGCCUCCCCAAGAUCGAACCUGGUCAAAACCACCAUGGUCUCUCGAUAUCUACGACAUGGUGGGCACUCUGGCUUUCGAAUACAUCGACGCUCACAAAAGAACCCUGCCAGAAAACAUCCUGAAGGCCAAUUGUGCAAUUUACUCCUCCAUAAACUUUCGGCUGCCCCUUGUCCUAUCUCACUUGGAAGGUUAUUCAGUUAGGGAUUAUCUGGUCCAGUACUGUAAGGUGUGCAAGGAAAGAAACUACGUCUACCAGAAAAUGUUCUCCGAGUAUGGGGUAAAAGCUAGACAGAAUGUUGUAGCAAUGAUGCGAAAGAGUGCAAGCGAUCUUCUUUUUGGUUUCGUUAAUACGCGCAUUCUUGAUGAAUAUAUUGGCCUGUUGGACCUGGAUGAAGGCUAUGUUAUUAAGGAGACGGACUACACGAAGUUCUUGGCCCUUUGUGACAGGCUUUAUGCCAUCAACGUAGAGGAGAUUGGUCAGGAACGCUGGAACUAUCAGGCAGACACCCUUGAAAGAAUUGACUUUCGAAAUAUUGCUCAACGCCUCGAAGGACUCGCACUACAACCCGCGCUAAUUACUUUACUUAAACGCAUUUCUGACAUUAUCGUAGAUGAUCCUAGUAUCGCCCAGCGUGGACUGACCUGA